UACCGUGUCCCCGAGGAUUCACUCUGCCUCUUACACCUGUGCUGCCACAGUAAUCUGGCCUCAUGUUGAGGGAAAUACCCACAACAAAUGUCCCUUCAGGGCCGUGCAAGACAAUGAAUGGCUCCAGUGCGGUGAAAAUGGAGUCAUGGUUCUGUUGCUGUCAUGCACAGGAAGUUGCUCUUCUGCUUUUGUGUUUCUGUGGUUUCUGUCAGUACAGCAAGAGUCACACUCCCCUCUCCUUCCUCUAACACGCAGCCCUCUGUACUCACUCACCAGAGGAGUUUUUCGGUCAACAAGUGCAGAGACUAGUUAUUCUUAGGUGGGUCUUUUUAAGCAGGCCCCCAUGAGGCUUGUAACCUUUAAUUCUCAAAGGUACUUUUAGAACGAGAGUGACAGGUUCAUGAGAGGACAGACAUGAGGAAGAACUACCUUUUUUCAUCAUCCACCCCGUCCUCAGGACCCAGGCGGAUUCACUAGACCAGAGGCUCGAUGUUUCUCUCCUUGAAGGCCCAAAGACUCGGUUUGUUUCAGGCCUUCCCGCUCUAGUCAUCAGGAGAUUUUUGUCGCUCUGUUUUGGAAUACACUGAUUUCUCAGGAGAGAGUGUUUGUGUAAAGCUUUCCUCCUGGAUUACUUGUGGAGAUUAGUGAUGGGGAAUGCGGCUGCUGGGGUCUUGGAGCAGCAGCCGGCUGAGGGCCGAGAGGCCAGGAACUCAGUCGGAGCAGCUUCUGGAAUGAGCAACCCCACGCCGACCUUGCAGAAGAAGCAGCCGGCUCCCCCCAAACUGCCCAUGCCGCCAGAGGAGGAGCUGGAGGAGCGCUUCAACCUGGUGCUGAGCCACAUGAACUUGCCUCCAGACAAACUGAAGCUGUUGAGUCAGUACGACAAUGAGAAGAAGUGGGAGUUAGUCUGUGAUCAGGAGCGUUUCCAAGUGAAGAGCCCCCCGUCCACUUACCUGGCCAAGAUUAAGAGCCUCUACCAGGAUCAAGGAGGGGUGUCUCGCAGGCUCAAGAAACGGAUCCAAGACGCCACCCAGGUCCUUAAAGACUUGGAGAUAUCCCUUCGCACCAAUCACAUCGGAUGGGCCCAAGAGUUUCUCAAUGAGCAGAACAAAGGGUUGGAUGUUCUGGUGGAGUACCUGUCCCACGCACAGAGUGACGUCUCGUUUGAAGUGGAGAGUGUUGAGAAUGGAGGCACCCUGUCAGAUAAAGGUAAACCAGCAGAGAGGUCGAUGGAAGACUUGACUUCCACGAAGAGCUACAGCAGCUCCCACUCACACGGGAUGACCAGAGCUGCUCGGGCGCUCACUGUGAGAAUAAGUUCCACGCUGGGAAACAAGAUGCAUAAGAAGUCCCAUUCAUCCUACCAGAGAGAUGACGUGCACGUCUGCAUUAUGUGCCUGCGAGCCAUCAUGAACUACCAGUCUGGAUUCAACCUGGUGAUGACUCACCCGCGCUGCGUGAACGAGAUCACGCUCAGUCUCAACAGCAGGAAUCCCAGGACCAAAGCCCUCGUGCUGGAGCUGCUGGCCGCCGUGUGUCUCGUCAGAGGCGGACAUGACAUCAUCCUCUCUGCCUUCGACAACUUCAAGGAUGUGAGCAGAGAGAGGAACCGCUUUGAGAAGCUGAUGGAGUACUUCAUCAACGAUGACAGCAACAUCGACUUCAUGGUGGCCUGCAUGCAGUUCAUAAACAUCGUGGUGCACUCGGUGGAGAAUAUGAACUUCCGCGUUCACCUGCAGUACGAGUUCACACACCUCUCACUGGACAAGUAUCUGGAGCGUCUGAAGCAGACAGAGAGCGAGAAGCUGCAGGUGCAGAUCCAGGCGUACCUGGACAAUGUGUUAGACGUGGGAGCCCUGCUGGAGGAUGCUGAGAACAGAGGAGGGAUGCUGCUGCACGUGGACGACCUGCAGGAACACAACGCACAGCUGAACGCCCGGCUUGAAGAGAUCGAGAGCCGGACCGGGGAGAGAAUAUCUGAACUUGAGACUCAGCUCAUGCAGGCCACCAAAGAGACGGAGCUGCUCAAAGAAAGCCUGCGAGAGUCCUGUUCUCAGGUCAGUGCGCUACAGCAGAGAGAGCGGGAGCGAGAGCUGGACAGGGAGAGGGAGAAGGACAGGGAGCGUCUGAGCACCUCCGCCCCUCAGACGUCCUCAGAGCUGGAGCAGAGGAUCCAGGAGCUGCAGGACAAGGGUCUGAUCCGGCUGGGACGCAGCGCCUCCGGAGGUCUAGACAUCCAGGUGGUGCCGGUCACCGUGGUCGAAUACGUCCAAGCUCCAGCCUCGGCCGCCCCACCCGCUGCUCCGGACUCUGUCAGUGAAUCUGCCGUCUCUGCUCCUCCGCCACCUCCUCCACCGCCUCCUGGAGGUGCAGGGGUAGUUACUGCUGCUCCUCCUCCUCCUCCUCCUCCUCCACCACCUUUACCAGGAACCAGUGGAGCUGUUCCUCCACCUCCUCCACCUCCACCUCCCCCACCUGGUGCUGGACCUCCACCUCCACCUCCUCCACCGGGUGCUGGACCUCCACCUCCACCUCCUCCGCCUGGUGCUGGACCCCCACCUCCACCUCCCCCACCUGGUGGUGGACCUCCGCCUCCCCCUGGUGGUGGACCCCCACCUCCUCCUGGUGCACCAAGCACUGGGCUCAAGAGCAAGAAGCCCAUUCAGACCAAGUUCAGGUUGCCUUUGUUGAACUGGCAGGCCUUAAAACCGAACCAGGUGACGGGCACCGUCUUCAAUGAGCUGGAUGACGAGCAGGUUUUAGGGGAGUUGAACAUGGACAUGUUUGAGGACUUGUUUAAGACCAGGGCCCAAGGGCUUCCGGCAGAUGUGUCCUCUGUCAAGAAGAAGGCGGUCCAGAAGGCCCCCAGCAAGAUCUCCUUGAUUGACCCCAACAAGGCAAAGAACCUCGCCAUCACUUUACGCAAGGGGGGGAUGAGUCCAUCUGCAAUCUGCACCGCCAUCGAGACGUAUGACCAGCAGGCUUUGUCUAUAGACUUCCUGGAGCUCCUCGAGGCCUUCAUACCAUCAGACUAUGAGCUGAAGCUGCUGGUUAACUACGAGAAAGAUGGCCGACCGCUGGACGAGCUGACCAACGAGGACCAGUUUAUAUUACAGUUUGGGAAGAUUAAACGCCUGAAACAGCGAAUAAACACACUCACUUUCAUGGGCAACUUCCCGGAAACAGUCAAACGUAUUCAGCCGCAACUGAACUCCAUCAUCGCCGCGUCCAUGUCCAUCAAGUCUUCAGCCAAACUGAAAAAGAUCUUGGAGAUUGUUCUCGCCUUUGGAAACUACAUGAACAGCAGUAAGAGGGGAGCGGCGUACGGUUUUCGGCUGCAGAGUCUGGACCUGCUGCUGGAGACCAAGUCGACAGACCGCUCACAGACGCUGCUUCAGUUCAUCACCAGCAUCAUCCAGGAAAAAUACCCCGACUUGGUCAAUUUCUACACCGACCUGCACUUCGUGGACAAGGCAGCCCUCGUAUCGCUGGACGGCAUACUUCAGGACAUCCGCUCACUAGAACGGGGGAUGGAAGUGACCAAAAAGGAGUUCAUGGUUCAGGACGACAGCCCGGUGCUGAAGGAGUUCAUCAAAGUCAACUGUGAGCAGCUGGAAGCUUUGAUCAAAGACAGCAAGACAGCACAGGAGGCAUACGGCUCUGUAGUGGAGUAUUUCGGAGAGAACCCCAAAACCACGCAGCCCUCCAUGUUCUUCCCGCUGUUUGGACGUUUCAUAAAGGGCUACAAGGCUGCACAGCAGGAGAUUGAGCAGAAGAAGAAGAUGGCGUGCGAGAGCACUGAGGAAAAAGAGCCGUCUCCGAGCAAGGCUGGGGCGCAAAAGGGUCCAAUGAUGCCCAAGAUGCCCCAGAUGGACCUGAUAGCCGAGCUGAAGAAGAGGCAGAAGCCGCAGGUACGCGAGGGGAAGGACGGCGCCCUGGAGGACAUCAUCACAGAUUUGAGAAACACACCAUUCAGACGGGGGGACGGUCGGCGGCCGGCACAGCGACAGGAGACCUGAGCCACGGCUGGUCCGAGAAACCUUUUUACAAAUUUAACUGGAAUCACACUCAAACAUACAGACAGAAGAACAAGCUU